AUGCCUAAAGAUAUCCAGUUGGCUCGUAGGAUCCGGGGCGAACGUGCAUAACAGCUCAGCUCGGUUCUGACAAUCUCACAUUACAAACGGCUCCUUUAGGAGCCACCACCUGACAAUAAAAGUUAAUGGCCAAUAAACUACUUCUUACCUUGUCUCUACUUAUUUCUUUAUUAGUUACUAGUGAAAUGAGACAGAAAUAAUUCUCAUACUCCACGCCGUUACAAGUUUUUCGCGAUAAGGACACAGUAGAGUACUAGUAUCCCUAAGCUUACCAAAAAAAUUAGUGAUUGCGCCCAACAACUCCUUAUUCGUUCAGUCUAUCUCUCUGCCUGUCUUCCUAUGUUGACGUUUACAAUCCAUCUCAUUUUCAAAGAACUUAGCAAACAUCUUAGAGGUAAUAGAUCUAUCGCGAUCAGUAGUAACUGAUCCCUCUGCGGUCCGCUAUAACAACUUAAGAAAAGAGUUGCGCAAGUAACCAACAUUAGCUAUCGCUGUGGAGACUAUAACGAGACAUGUCUGUCAAAAGCACCCAGAAGAAAGCUUCUAAACAGCCGGCCGAACACCCUAAGUAUGCAGAAAUGAUCAUACAAGCCCUUCACGCCCUGAAAGAUCGUAAUGGUUCUUCACGUCAGGCUGUCGACAAGUACGUUAAGAACCAUUUCAAAGUGGGAGACAAAGCAAGUCAUUUUAUUAAAAUGGCUCUUAAGAGAGGCGUGGAGAAUGGUCAAUUUAUCAACACCAAAGGGUCCGGAGCUUCAGGUUCUUUCAAGGUCAACAAAGAAGUAAAGAAAGCAAAGGCAGCCAAAGACCUGGCGAAGAAGACCAAAACCGCCGAUCCAGCCAACAAACCAAAAAUAAAGAAGGUCGCCGCGAAAGAAAAGACCGCCCGCAAACCAGCCGAGAAAACCAAGAAAUCGCCGGGUAAGAAAGUUUCCAGCAGCAAGAAGAAGACACCUCUCGUGCCAAAGAAGACUGCCACAAAGAAGCCGUUGCCUAAGAAAGCGAAAGAAAGCAAAGCCUCGGUUAAAAAAUCAGCCAACAAGAAAGUCAGUGGCAAGUAA